CCAUGCUCCUUAUGGACCAAUACAAACCCACUCAAAUCCUUGCCCCAAACCACACUCCGGCGGCUAUCGUGAUGCACCCGAUCCACACUCAAUUCCGAUGCCCAAAUCCCUCGGCGCUCUCCUUCUCUCGCGCCCCACUCUACUCCCUCUCCGUCCGUGCUGCCAACUCCGUCUCCGCCAGGCCGAGGAGGAAAGCCUCAGCCGCCAAGAGCGGCGACGCGGUCGAGGAGGCGUCGCUGCUCGUUCGCCAGAUCCUACGGAAGUCCGGAGACCGGAAUGAACCCGUGGUGGUCACGCUUAGCAAGUUCGUGAGGAUCAUCCGCACCGAGCACUGCUUCCUGCUCUUCGAGGAACUCGGGAAGCGCGACCUCUGGCUCCAGUGUUUAGAGGUCUUUAGAUGGAUGCAGAAGCAACGAUGGUAUAUUGCUGAUAAUGGUAUCUACUCAAAAUUAAUAUCUGUGAUGGGUAAAAAAGGGCAGACAAGAAUGGCCAUGUGGCUUUUCUCAGAGAUGCGAAAUAGUGGAUGCAGGCCAGACACUUCUGUGUACAAUGCAUUGAUCACGGCCCAUCUUCAUUCACGAGAUAAAUCCAAGGCCUUGGCAAAAGCUAUAGGAUACUUUGAGAAAAUGAAAGGAAUUGAGCGGUGCCGACCAAAUAUUGUUACUUACAACAUCCUUUUAAGAGCAUUUGCUCUAGCUGGGGAUGUGAAGCAAGUUGAGACAUUGUUCAAAGAUCUUGAGCAAAGUAUCGUCUUUCCUGAUAUCUACACAUACAAUGGUGUCAUGGAUGCGUAUGGAAAGAACGGGAUGCUCAAACAAAUGGAGGCUGUACUUUUGCUCAUGAAAAGCAAUCAGUGCAAGCCAGAUUCAAUUACCUUCAAUCUCCUUAUUGAUGCAUAUGGACGACAACAAGCAUUCGAGAAAAUGGAGCAAGUAUUUAGAAGCUUGUUGCGUUCAAAGGCGAAGCCUACACUUCCUACAUUUAAUUCAAUGAUAACUAACUAUGGUAAAGCUCGACUCAAAGAUAAAGCAGAAAAUGUUUUGAAGAAGAUGGCUGAUUUGGGUUUCAAACCAAGUUAUAUCACCUAUGAGUGCCUCAUUACAAUGUAUGGAUAUUGCGAUUGUGUCUCAAAAGCUAGGGAUAUUUUUAAUGAGAUGAUAAAUACACAAAAGGAGGUGCAGAUUUCGACUCUGAACUCUAUGCUUGAAGCAUAUUGCCAAAAUGGUUUGCCCAAUGAAGCCGAUCAGCUAUUGGAUUAUGCAAUUGAAAGGGAAUUGGUUCCAAAUGCUUCAACUUAUAAAUUACUUUACAGGGCCUAUGCGAAAGCUAACAUGAAAGAGCUUAUUAAUAAUUUGCUACAGCGGAUGGAUGCUCAGGGUAUUGUUCCAAACAAGAAGUUCUUUUUGGAGGCUUUAGAAGCAUUUGGUUCUGAAACAAUACAUGAAGCUAGUAUAACAGAUACUUCAAAUGCUCAGCUAGUUAAAUCCUAGAUGUCUUCAGUCAUUAAGAAUUAGCCUAAUUUCUUGUGAGUGUUUCUUGCAAGCCAAAAGGCAAUAUUGGUAGGAAUUCAGUUUAUAAAACUAUAUCAUUCUGCUUCAAUGGUGAUGGUUGUUUCUGUCAGAAUCGGUUUAUUACACCUUAAAAAUUGCCAUCAAGUCUACUUUACGAUGUUCAAAACACAAGUGGAGGACAGAGAAUAGAGUUGUUUUACAAAAUACUAAAUAAAAAGUUUGUUCAUCUUUUUCAA